AUGUCUGACGCGCUUCGCCCGUGCGUUGCGCGGCGCGGGAAAGCGCAUUCAAUCCGCGCGCAAGAUGUGCGGCGGGAGAUCUUUGGGGGGGACGCGAAGGGGGAGCCGCGCAGGGAGGCGGAGGAGGCGGCGUGGGGAGCGCUGCGGAGGGACAUGUUUCCGCCCGGAUUCCUGUUUGGCACCGCCACUGCCGCGUAUCAGGUGGAGGGAGCAGCGCGGGAAGGAGGGCGAGGAGCCAGCAUCUGGGACGUGUUCUCCCACACACCAGGUGGGGUAGCAGGGCAGGUGCGGUGGCAGGGCAGGUGCGGUGGCAGGGCAGGCGCGGUGGCAGGGCAGGCGCGGUGGCAGGGCAGGUGCGGUGGCAGGGCAGGUGCGGUGGCAGGGCAGGUGCGGUGGCAGGGCAGGUGCGGUGGCAGGGCAGGUGCGGUGGCAGGGCAGGUGCGGUGGCAGGGCAGGUGCGGUGGCAGGGCAGGUGCGGUGGCAGGGCAGGUGCGGUGGCAGGGCAGGUGCGGUGGCAGGGCAGGUGCGGUGGCAGGGCAGGUGCGGUGGCAGGGCAGGUGCGGUGGCAGGGCAGGUGCGGUGGCAGGGCAGGUGCGGUGGCAGGGCAGGUGCGGUGGCAGGGCAGGUGCGGUGGCAGGGCAGGUUCUGUACAUGUUGUAA